AUGUCAGAAUACUUGGGCACCAGAGAUCAUGCGGCAAGACCGUCGAGUUGGGAUAUGCCCCAAUCAGGAUCAUCAAGAAGUACAUUCGAUCGUAAUAUCAUGCCUGGAGGUCCAGCAACGGCCGGUUUCGAGAAUUAUAUUCGAAGUAUCUAUCGACCUGGCGCAAAAUUGCCAUCUGCUGAAAUUUUACCAAUAAGUGCUAGUGCAAUGCUGCGUAUGCAUGAUCAGCUCGGCAGAUCAGCGCUUGAUGAAUCAUUAGACAAUGUGUUAUUACAAUCACCCCUUGAGGGUACAUAUAGCAGUUUGGGCUUAACGGGUCUUGCGGAUACAUCGUAUCUGAACUAUCCGGUCUAUAUGCCGAAACAAUCCAACGAAUAUUUCUCGCGAAGGCAUGGCAUUAAACCCUAUGUCGAUAAUCCACUGGAUUACCAGGGAGUUUAUUCGUCUUACAAGGAGCGAUCGGACGAUGACUGGAGACGCAACAAUAAGCAAAUGAUUGUGGAUCGUAAAGGAAGUUCAGACACUCCGUUAACCCCAUAUAUGUAUCGUGAUCAUUCGUACGUGCGAAAUCAAGACUCUCGAAUCGUUGGCUCGAAUUUUGUGCAGAUCACCUCUCGACCACGAGAUCGAUUUUUGGAGAAGAUUGAUCGAACGUUAGCCGAAGCAAGAGCUAUACCAAGAUAUGGUUAAUAGUUCCGAGGCUGGCAAUCAGAUGAUCACAGAAAUUCUUGACGUCAGCGAUUAAGUGUACCGAUAAUACUUCAUCAAAAAUGAACGAAUUGAUGAUCUUCGAUUAAUCAUACCUUCUAAUGUGAAAUGUUGACAAUUAUGUUUGAAUUCUAAUAAAUAUCAUACGUCUUA